GUAUAGCGUGUCUGACAACAGCAGGGAUCACAGAGACAGCUAAGCCAUGCUGCCGUUUGAAGAUCUAAUGACAAGUCUACAGGACUGUGCAAUCUCUGAGGACAAAAGACUGGACGAUGUCAACCAAACACUCAAGCUCUUUAUGAAUAAACUGGCUGAAUCCUCCAGGAGUGGUGUGAAAAGAUGUAAGGAGCGCUGUUUAGAGGAGGCUGCCCAGCUGCUCAGGAAAAUCCCAGAGACACAGCUUCAUAAUUUAGAGGAGAGGCACCUCCUGCUGCUUGUCAGACUCCUCAUAUCCUUGCAGCUGCAGAUGGUCCACAUCUCUACGGCCAGUUGUAAGCUAGACCAGAUGUUGCAACAUCUGGAAAAGGUGAACCACCAGCUGGUUUUUGGAGAAAUCCAUCAGUGUUUGCACACCCUAGUCCACACUGACCAGAUAUUGUCUAUUGAUGAUCUGCAGAGAGCCUGCAUGUUCUUGGAGGACAGUGCUGUUGGCCGUGAGGUGUGGAGAGAGAUGUACCCGUCCUUGCUGCAUAAAGUGGCUGAGCUCUUCCCUGUUGUACUGCAACAAAAAGGCUUGACAGAUGGACUGUUGUGUUACGUUGCUGUGAAGGUGUGUUUGCAAGUGUUUCAGCUGUUGCCCGGUGAAGUGGCUCCUCUAGUUUGGGAGAGGGAGCAGGGAUGCCCACCAGUGCAGAGCAUCCUUCAGGCUCUGAUGGACCUCAUCCUCGGCCAGUGCUCCAACCGGGACACACGCUUUCUGGCAGGCACUGCUGUGGCCAUGCUGAUCAACACAGCACCGGACAGCAGGGCUGGAGGAGCCGCUGCCUGGAGUCUGCUGCAAGUCUCUCAUUCAGAGCCCUGGCUGCUGACUGUUGGUGGUCUGCAGGUUCAGUGCAGCCCCACAGUGAAGGAUGGAGUGGACAGACUAGCUGUGAGCAGAGGCCUUCUGACCUGCUGCCGGCCCCAGAUCUUGCUCUGCUCUGUGGACACCUCAGAGACAUGUUUCCUGCUGGGAGGCAUGUUUCCUUUGGUCUUCGCUUUGUGUGAGGAGAAGUUGGACUGUCAUUACUACGUCUUUGAAAUGUUAACUUUAUGGCUGAAGAAAGUUAAAGAGAGUCUGUCUGAAAUCUGGAAGAUGACAGGUGUUCGUCUUCUGCCUGAUAAUGGCGGCCUACAGCAGCAGCUCAUUCAGGUUAUCUGGACCAAUGCUGAAAGCCCAGUGGAGGGUGUGUCAGAGAUUGUGCGCAGUGCCUUCUGUCUGCUGCUGGAGCUUUACGACAUGGACUGUGAGCGGUUUGGUGACGCAGAGAAGACCCUUAAUUUUACUCUACUUCAACGCAUAAUCAAACUCCCAUGGGAGGCCAAAGCCAAAUAUCCUCCUCUUUGUGCUCUCAUCCCGUAUUUGGGAACCUAUAUGGUGCUGGAGCAAUACUCUGACCUACCCACUCAUCUCCUGAAGUGCUUAUCCACCAAUCACCUGUCCCCGUGUGCCUCAGAGCUUUACAAAUGUCUGAUCCAGCAGCAGAGGAGAGAGCUGUGUGAUGGCUCAGCAAAGCGUGUUUCAUCCAUUGAGCUGGAGCUGGCCAAUCAGUGGGCGAGGCAUUGGCGGCCCGUCCUUCUCGAGGCUUUGACAUCUGAGGUGACUCUUCUUCAGAACAACAGUUCCACACAUCUCUUACCCUGCACCUUACAAGUCUUCCCCGCUGCUGUGGAGCCUCUGUUGGCGUCCCUGGAUCCGGCUGUCCCAGGCCACCUCCAUGCCUGGGCCUGCAUCAUGAGCUCCUAUCGGGCCACAACUGGAGGCUCUCCCUGGGCUCUGCAGGGUGGCUCUGCCCUGGACACCCUCCAGCUGGCUCUGGGAUCUGGGGAUGAAAAAAUCCGUCUCGCUGCCCUCAACUUCCUGUGCUGCAGCCCAAAGACCAAAGACACCCCAACCCCAGAGGAGCUGUCAAUAAUGAGGACGUUUAUUCCUCAGAACCUAAACUGUGAGUCCUCACCUUUCCGACAACAUUUCCAGGCAGGAGUGAGGAAGUUUCUCGUGCGUAUCAGAGACAGCUGCUUGGCUCAUGUCAAAACACAAAAGGGAACAAAGAAUGAAGAUCCCAGCUGCAACAAGAAGGCAGACAUUGUUCUGGACCUAGGAAUAGGGUUUGUGGAAUGGUUGAGCCAGCUCCCAUACUCCUACUUGGCAGCAGGGCACAGUUACCAGAGGAAGAAGACUGUGUUGCUGCUGCUGUCUGCAGUGCUGGAGACCUGCACCGACACCUGGAGCCCGGACAGGAAGAAGGGGCAGCCUCCAGUGAACAUGGGGUCUCUUAUUAAAUGCGCCAGACAAAGAGGACAGUGGAAUUUCUUCUGCAGGGCAAAACAGCUGGCCCUCAUUAGCUGUUUAGAGGAUUCAACAAAUGAGAUUCGAGAGCUUUCCGCGGGGCUACUCUUGAGAUUUUUCCCACCCAGUUUUCCAGACGACAUCACUGCCGUGCUGCUCACACGAACCAAACAGCUUCUGUGCAGCCCUCGGGUGCAGGAGGCUCAGAUGGGAGCUGCGAUGCUGAAGGUCCUUAUUCAGAAAUCACAAGACCAGCCCUGGGACCGCUGGCUGAACAGUAACAUUACUGUCAGCAGUGCAGGUAACCCCAAGAGCGCCAGUGUGGUCAGAUACCUGGUGAAGGAGCUGGAGCAGCACUACCUCACAGCCAAGGCUGACAUGAUGCUUGCUGCAAGAACUAAACCCAUACAUGGUAUUUUGAGUGCCCUUGAGAGGUGUUUACUCGAGGCAUCCAACAGUGUGUGUGACACUGUUGACUACAGUUUGGUCACUGAGCUUCUGACACUGCUGGAGAACAUCUCUCUGCUCCUACUGGGUGUGCUAUACGGAGACCAGGACAGCAGUGCUAAUGAGAAGGACACUCCCCCGUCGUUCUGCGACAUGGGGAAUGCCAUCAGCUCUCUGAUAGCCCAAACGGCCGGGGGGAGCCUCGGGGACGGAGACGAGUGUGUUCUGCUAUCGGAGGAGCACAGCCUAGUUCUCACCUGCUGCUGGGUCUCCCUUAAGGAAAUAGGAAUCUUCUUAGGUUCUCUGGUGGAGAAAAUUCUGGCCGAAUCCAAAUCAACUGAGUCCAUGCUAACAACGGAAGACCUAAGAAGAGUGUCAAAAGUGUUCAAGGACAUUCUUCUCAAAUGUCGCCACUGGGGGGCAGUAGAGGGAUGCUGUGUGGGCUUUACCAAGUUCUGUGCCUCUUUACUAAGAAGCAGUGAUCCAGAGCUCAGGGAUAUCCCAGCGCAGAUGCUGAAACAAGGCCUGCAGGUUGUGCAGUCUCCUCGCUGCACGUCUGUGACCCGGCGAGCAGCGGGGUUGCCCAUGCUCAUCCUGUGUGUUGUGUCUGCAGAGGAGGCCAGUAAAGCGCGACCACUGCUAGCCCACAGCAUGCACACCUUACUGGAGACGGCAAGAAGCCCUCUACCUCAGAGCUGGGACCAAACACUCGACUUGCCACAGGUGUGUGCAGUUCACACUCUCCAGGCCCUGGUUCGUGGCUCUGGGCUGGGAGUAGCUAUCUUGCAGUUUGCCCCCGCUGUUGCUAUCUUGUCCCUCACGCUGCUCAGUUCUCCCUGCUGGGCCAUGAGGAAUGCUGCUCUCCAACUCUACAGUUCUCUGUGCUCACGAAUGCUUGGUCAGCGGCCUGUUGGUGAGGAGGGCAGGCCUACCCAGCAUGGCAUGUCUCCCCCUGCUUUCUUCUUCCACUACGCCGCACUGCAGCCUUUCCUCCUGGAGGAGCUGAGAGGGGCGGCACAACACCUCCAGGGCCAUUCUGGGGAGGCCAGGCUACGCCUCCAGCCCUCGCUCUACCCUGUCCUUACUUUAUUAGCCAAACUGCAGCCUGGCAUCCCGGACUUAACCAAAUCUUUGUCAGAUUUCCUGGCUCCUUUAAUCCAAUUGGCUGCUAGUCCCAUCUACAGUGUGAGAGUAAUGGCCUCGAAGGCCUUGGUUGCCAUGGCUCCCCCCUCAGAGUACAUGAACAUCCUCAUCCGACUGACAGCUGAGCUGCCAGACACCCCGAGGCCCUGCUGUCACAACCGACUCCAUGGGCAGCUCCUGCAGAUCAAAGCCGUUCUAGACAGAGCUCUCUGCACAGACAGUGGCGCUUUGCGUGACCUGUGUGAAGUGGUGUGCAGAGUGGAGGCCUCACUGUGGCUAGUGACUGCAGCUCAGCGCUGCCCCCUGGUGAGAGGGGCCUACCUGGGAGUGGUAGGCUCACUCAGAAGAUUUUGCUCAGAGGUCUACCUGGACAGGCUCAGUAACACACUCCUGUGUGAGCUGAAUGCUCCUCAAGACAGGCUUCAGGUUGGUUUGUUAUCGUUCCAUCAAAAAGCCAUCCAGUUCCUGUGUACAGACCUAAACUGGGCGUGUCAAAUCAGGGACAGCUUCUCUGCAGCGAGCCCUGAUUUGAAGCUCACAUUGGUUACUUGGGUGGUGGAUGGGCAGGUUUUGAAAGAGGCCGAGCUGAAAGAGGUGAUCCAGAGUGUGCUGAGGUCUAACCUGAGGGAGGCGCUGUUGAGCCAGUGUGUGGAAUACCGCAGGUCUUACCUGGCAGCUCUGGUGGCGGUGAUGGCUGCUGGAGGUUAUUGCACCUCACCUGGACAUCCUUCUCAGUCUGCCCCCCUGGAGCAGCCGGCACUGCUGGAGUGUCUUGAGUUGUUGCUAGGCGACCUGGAGGACCAGAGAGGCGGGCCAGAGUUCCUGUCCCUGGCCCUGUACGCUGCCAGCCUGCUGCUUCCCCACUGUGUCAAGGUUUCCAUGUUCCAGCGCUGGUGCUGCAUCUUGGAGCGACACCAGUCCCCAGAGGCCCCUGAAGCCCUCAGGAUGGCCUGUGCUGAAGCUCUGUGUCUGGCUGGAGUUCCCCUAAUGAGCCAAGCCCUCAAAGAACACAACACUUCACAAGACAUUAGGACCAGGAUAAUCAACGCAGGCCUUUACCUGCUUCAGGAUGAAAACCACCAGGUUAGAGUGAAAGUGGCCUACUUCACCUCCAUGCUCUAUCAUGCCAGUAAAGGAGGGCAGAGGAGCAUCUACCUCAUGCAGGUCAACCGGGCGCUGCCUUAUCUUCUGGACCUGCUGCUGGACAGCUGCUGGGACAGCCCUGACACACUGGAGGUGUUGCUGUGUCACCUGCCUGAGCCUGACCUCAGAUCUGUUCUGAGAGACGCCAAGGAGACAGGGUGUGCCAGUCUGUAUGAGCAGGAUGAGGCCAACGUGUUUGCAGAGCCCUCUGUAAUGUCUGCGUGUCUGCUGCCGUACCUGCUGCAGAUUGCUGAAAAAUACUCUGAAUCCUCUGACUUGGCACGGCGCCUGAAUGCGUGGGCUGAGCAGAGUGCUGCACAGGUGCUGGACAGCCUUGCAAUCUGCAGAGACUUCCAGCCAGGUGAGACACUGAGUGCCGCCUGGCUUGCUCUUCUCAUGGAUUCCCGUUUUCAUAGCACCCUGUGCGGCCUCUUCACCAGGGCUGUCUUCCUCCUCCAGCUGCUGAAAAAAUCUGAUGAUCUACGACCUCUUUGCGACCCUGCAACCCUACUCAAGAACGUUCAGGAAGUUUUUCGUCUACUCAGUCAGAACGGUGUCCACUUUCCUUCUGCUUUGACAGCUGCUGUGGUUGGAGACGCGCCACUAUGAGGCAGAGGAGGGGCCUUUUCUGUGGAGUCAGUGCACAGAGCUGUUCUGCUGAUAAGGCCCAGCAGAGGAAUAGCCUGUGGAUGUUCCCAGAGUGCGUAUGACACUCACAGCCAGUCUAAGUCUUGAAUGAGCUGUGUGACUGCUAAUGCUGCAGUACAGUAGCACUUGUCAGGCUGAGUCAAGUUAUGUAAGAGCCCUAUGACUGAAGCCAUUGAAUCCAUUAUCACAUUACCUGUGCUAAUAAGAGACCUACCGGGCAUAAGUACCGUGUGUGUAUGAGCAGGGUCAGUGUAAUGCAAGAUUUGUAUGAAAUGCAGGGGAGCCUGUGUUUUGCUCCAGUGCUCCAGACUAAGAGUGCAUACAUCAUGAUUGAAAUAUCCAGUUUCUUUAAACUAUUGAUUCAUUUGUUUGAAUAAAUCCUCCUAAUCUAGACAUAUAGUGUAGUCUCUCUGCAACCAGCCUCAGGUGUAGCUAUCUGAUCACCACCAGCCAAGGGAAGCCCGUCCACAUUCACAGAGCGGUCCAGUCAUCUUUUCAUCAUUUUGCAUUUGCCAUUUCUUAGCAGCUCAGACUGAUGCAGUGAUGUAAUGUAACAGCAGCUGGAGAGUUUGGCUGCUUGGUGCCCAGCAGGGGAAUAUAAGGUUUAAUGCUCCAUUAGUGGCCUUCUGCUUCGAUAAGUGCCCACUUUCCAACCACAUGAGGGAGGAAGAUGAUUGACUGGCUGUGAUAGAGAGCUGUUGGUUGCUGUGCAACAGACCGCACACUACAGCAGUCUUACAUCAUCAAAUAGCCCACUCCUUUUGUUUUAAAUGGGCUCUUUUCAGCAUCAGGCAAACACUGAACAUGAGGGAACAAAGUGUUGUUCAGUGAUCGUUUGCUUUUACAUUUGGACUUGAUGACCUGUUCAACAGCUGUGCAUGGCUGUUUUUUUGGCCAUGAAGUGAUGUGAUAAAACAAAUCUGAGUCAAAUAAUAUUGUGUCACAGCCAUAACAUUUUUUGUCCUUGGGACAUCCUCAGAGGCUGGUAGAUCAACAGAGUAGACCUAAAAAAUGUAAACAGCAAACUGAUGAUCAUUAUUUGGCCUUAAGGUGGUUAGAUUUUCAAAUUUGAAUUUAUAUAUAUCUUGUCUCUGUCAAGUAAGGUAUGUUGUGUGUGUUUCUCUCUUGUAUUUGCAAGCAUCUAGAUUAUGCAACAAUUCCUGUGACGUCAACUGUAUUAAUGAUUCAUACUUGAGACUUAA